UUCUCAAAAUUGAUAUGAAUAAUAUUAUAUUUGGGUGGGACUCAUUGGUCAGGAUGAAGUGGCUAAUCUUUUUUCUUUCUAUUAUUAGUUAUUGUACCAGUGCACAACAACAUAAGAAUGUAUUGUUCUUUGCUAUUGAUGAUCUACGACCAGAACUAGGAGCCUAUGGUCAUGAUUUUAUCAAGAGUCCACACAUUGAUGAUCUUGCCUCAAAGUCUAUACUCUUUGAGCGAGCUUACUGUCAGGUAGCUGUAUGCUCACCAUCUAGGACAUCUCUAUUGACAGGACGAAGGGCAGACUCUAAUCAUGUCUGGAGGAUUGCUGGUGAUGAGUAUUGGCGCACUGUACCUGAUGCUACCAAUGCUACUACAAUCCCUCAGUAUUUUAAAGAAAAUGGUUACCUCACUAUUGGUAUGGGAAAGAUUUUUCAUCCAGGGGCACCUAAUGGUAACGAUGAUGUAAAGUAUUCUUGGAAUCAAGAAUGGAAGAAAGGAGCUUUUUCACAAUUUCCACGACCUUACUCUGGUAUGGUAAAAAUCCCAGGACAUCCACCUUUUGACCAUAACCAACAUGAUGAGAAUGUAAUGGGCUAUACUAUUCGUACUGACAAGUAUCGUUUCACCGAAUGGUAUACAUUUGAUCGUGAUACUUCUAAACCAGACUUUGAUAAGAAGUGGGGCACUGAGCUUUAUGAUCACUCUACUCCAACGGUUUCAUUCAAUGAUGAGAACAUUAAUAUUGCUGAUAAACCAGAAAUGGAAUCUACUGUAACUGAAUUACGUAAAGCACUACAAGAUGGCUGGAGAGCUGCUUUACCUCCAACUAUCUAG